CUACAAGGCCUAUAAGCGGAAAACUAAACCUUCGUAACCAGUUUCUUAUAUUUUCUCUCACUCUCUAGCUUUUCGUUUCGUUUUCUUUUUCAUUAUUUGGCUUACCGCUUUUUUCAUCCGGAGAAGCCGAUACAAUGCCGGAAAAAAAUCGCGGUGAGUUUCCGAAGCUGUAGAUUCCGGAUCCGGCACAAAGUCGCAUUCCCAGAUUGCUGGUUUCCCGGGUCGGUCCUUCAUUCCUUCGUGAUUUCCUCUUUUUCCUUCCUGGUAAAAAGAAAAAAAACCACAGCUUCACAUACCAAGGUCUCGACGGGAGAGAAAGAAUUUCGGAAUCGAAGUCACUUCAACUUUAUCCCCCUCAACUGCCUGGACAACGAGGAUGGAAACACAGCAAGUGAUGUUGUGGAACUUGCCCGAAUUCCCGAUCAUCGGCCCAACGGCGCCGGUCUACAAUAAGUCGCCACUGCCGCCACUCGAAUUGCCGCCCAUGCGGUUCGCCAACAACUCCAUCGUGGACAACGUGCCCGGCGACAUGUGGGACAUGGUUGACCCCUUCUGGUACCAAUUCCCGCCGAUCCCGUCCAUCUUCAACGACAUCAUCGGCCUGCUCACCUUAGUGCUCGGCAUCAUCAGCGUCGUUGGCAACUCCGUCGUCAUGUACGUGUUUCUAUGCACCCGGAACCUGAGAACCCCGUCCAAUAUGAUCAUCGUCAAUUUGGCAUUCUCCGACUUCCUCAUGAUGGCGUCCAUGUUCCCAUUCAUGGCCAUCUCGUGCUUCUACGAGACCUGGGUUUUCGGAAGUCUGAUGUGCGAGCUCCACGGGUUCUUCGGUGCCUGGUCCGGAUGCAUGUCCAUCUGGUCCAUGACACUGAUCGCCAUUGACCGAUUCAACGUGAUCGUUCGCGGGAUCGGCGCCAAGCCACUCACUUUCAAAAAGGUGUACACCAUGAUCGCAGCCAUCGACGGCUUCGCUUUAUUCUGGAGCCUGUUGCCCAUGUUUGGCUGGAACAAGUACGUGCCCGAAGGAAACAUGAUGGUCUGUGGAGGAGACUCCAUCUCGGAGGACUGGCACAGCAGGAGCUUUCUCUUGACGACCUUUGUUUAUGCCUACUGCACUCCUCUUUUGACUAUCGUCUUUUGCUACAGCUUCAUUGUCAAGGCUGUUGCAGCUCAUGAAAGAUCAAUGAGGGAGCAAGCCCAGAAGAUGAAUGUUCAGAGCUUGAGAAGUGGAGAAGGCAAUAAGACCAGCGUUGAAGUACGAUUAGCAAAGGUCGCCAUGAUGACCAUCACCCUCUGGUUCCUGGCCUGGACCCCUUACGCCGUCAUCAACUUCGUGGGCAUGUUCGCCAGACACCUCAUCACUCCUUUCUGGACCAUGUGGGGUUCAGUAUUUGCCAAGUUCGCAGCUGUGUACAACCCCAUUGUGUAUGGCAUCAGUCACCCGAGGUACCGGGCUGCCCUGCGUCUGUCCAAGGGCACGAAUCCUACGAAAAAGGCCCUCUUGGACCUCCUACUGCCGUUCAGCCGGCCGUGA